GACUCCAGCGUAGGGUUUUCAUAUCAUCUAGUGCUUCACCCACUGUCGGUCUGUUAUUCCAGCUCAGUGUUAAUAAUGGAGGAUUUAAAGGAAUUGGGCUUAAUCUUGUAACUCGAUAUGGAUUAGAUUCGGAUCAAUGUAGAAUUUGUGUCUUUCGUGUAUCAAUUCGUUUUCGUCAUCAUGAGGAGUUUAACUGUCUGCUCGGCGAAAUGUUGAGAAAUACUAUUGGCAAAACAGCAUUCUUUUUUUUGUUCCUUAUGGUUUUGAAAGGUGAAUGUGUGUCUGUUGUUGAGACAGAUGAAGUAAAGUCAGUAUCAGUGACGGAGGGAGAUUCGGUCACUUUAAACACUGACAUUAAAGUACAGAAAGAUGAUCUGAUAUUGUGGAACUUUGGACUUCGAGAAGCUCGUAUAGCUGAGAUCUAUAAGCAGACGACUGAUAUUCAAAACAGUUAUGAGACAUUUGGAGACAGACUCCAGAUGGACAGUCAAACUGGAUCUCUGACCAUCAGAAACAUCAGAACUGAUCACUCUGGACUUUAUAAACUACAGAUCGGCAGAAGCAAAGAAACAUCAUACAAGAGAUUCAAUGUUACUGUCUAUGCUCACCUGCCUGUACUUAACAUCACCAGUAACUCUUCAAACUGUUCAUCAUCAUCAAGAUCAUCAGAGUCCAAUUGUUCAUUGUUGUGUUCAGCUGUGAAUGUGAGUCAUGUGACUCUCUCCUGGUUCAAAGGAAACAGUUUAUUGUCCAGCAUCAGUGUGUCUGAUCUCAGCAUCAGACUCUCUCUACCUCUGGAGGUGGAAUAUCAGGAUAAAAACACCUACAGCUGUGUGAUCAACAAUCCCAUCAGUAACCAGACUCAACAUCUCAAUGUCACUCAACUCUGUCACACAUGUGCAGACUUGACUGCAUUGACUAUAUUCCUUGCUGCAUUCAUUCCUACUGUACUUUUGGUUAUACUCGUGGGAGUGAUGUACUUUCUCAACAGGAAGCGCAAAAGAAUAGAUGAAAAAGGAAACUCUUUAGGGUUUGAACCAUGUGCUCAUACAGUGGAACCAGUCCAGACAGAAGAGGAAGAGGUACAAUAUGCUGAAACAGGAUUUUGUAGAAAAAAUGAUCAAAAAAAGAAAGCUAAGGAGAUACCAGAAACGAUAUACUCCAGCGUUGUCACAUGAGACUGAGCAAAAUUUGAGCAAAAUUCAGAAUGUCAGCUAUGCAGCUGGACUUGUUUUUAUUUUGGACCUAUUUGCCUAAAACAGGAGAGGAACACAGAAGAACUCAGCUGAAACUGACUGUUGAUGUCUUUUACAUAUCCAAAUAGACCUGUGAGGACCAAAGACACAUUUGCAUGUGAGAGUCAUAGUAAGCACAGAAACAAGCUAAAGCUUGCUGAAAAGCUUAAGUGAUACAUAGAACCACAAAAUGCUAUUUUAUGUUUUCUAAAUGUUUUUGUUUUUGUUGAAAGCUGUUUUUUAACCUAUUGAAUAAAAUUACUUACUUAAGUA